UAAUUUUGGCGGAGAAGCCAGUGAAAGGCCGCCGUCCACCUCCACCACCACCAGUCAACUCCGGGUCGAACAGAACUCAGACGCAAGGAUCUUGUCCGCUUCCCGUGACGGUUCGUGCAGUAUACAAGGAGCUCCUCCGCGUCUUUUGAAACGAUGCAAACAUCAACAUCUCGAGUGCUUUCGCAAGGUCUAAAGCAAGCAGCUCUCUUCCCGCGCGCCUUUUCGACCACCAUGUCAGCUGCCGCAAACGGAACCACCCUGGAUGCAGCCGCGUUCGGGGAGCAGCACAUCACGCCCGGCAUAGGGCGACUGACGAAGCACGUCUUCGAAGAUGCAAAGGGGACGUGGGUGACGACAGACAAGGGCGUCAAGCUUCUGGAUCUGACCUCAGGAAUCGGCGUCGUCAAUCUGGGCCAUUGCCAUCCCAAAGUUUCCGAAGCUGCGGCGAAGCAGUGCAUGAAGAUGACGCACGCGCAGGUCAACAUUGGCUUCUCGGCCGCGCAGAUCGACUUGCUCAGGGAGCUGUUGCCAAUCAUGCCGCACGAGAGCCUGGACACCAUCUUCCUGUGGAACUCCGGAGCGGAGGCGGUCGAGGCCUCCGUCAAGCUGGCAAGGGCGGCAACCAAGAAGCAGAACAUCAUCGUCAUGCAGGGUUCUUACCACGGACGUACGGCCGGCACGGCCGCGCUCACCAAGAGCAAGACCAUCUACGGCGAGGGCCACGGUCCGCUCAUGCCGGGCGUUUUCACGACCGCGUUCCCGUACUACUCCCAGUUCGGCUUGCCGGUCGACACCCCGAUCGAGGAACUGGUCGACAAGUCGCUGAUGCAGCUGCGUCUCACGCUCAAGCAGCAGACGGCCCCAUCCGACACGGCGGCCAUCCUGCUGGAGACCGUACUCGGCGAGGGCGGCUACGUCGCCGCUCCGCCGUCCUUCCUGGCGGGUCUCCGCCAGAUCUGCGACGAGAACGGCAUCCUGCUCAUCAUUGACGAGGUCCAGUGCGGCAUGGGCCGGACGGGCACGAUGUGGGCCAUUGAAGAGUCCGGCGUCAGACCCGACAUUCUCGUCUUCGCCAAGGGCAUCGCGAACGGGUUCCCGCUGUCGGGCAUCGCCAGCACGAGGGAGCUCAUGGGUCGCCAGAAGUCCGGAACGAUGGGCGGCACCUACGCCGGAAACGCGGUGGCUUGCGCGGCGGCGAAAGCCGUCAUCCAGGUCUUCCGGGAGGAAAAGGUGCUCGACAACGUGGCGGCACGCUCCAAGCAGCUCUUCUCCUUCCUCAACGGGCUCAAGGCCAGCGGAUCCAAGGCUGGAAAGCUGAUCGAGGACGUCCGGGGUCGAGGCCUCAUGGUCGGCGUGCAAUUCGCCGCGUCCGGCGGCGCUCAGAUCGCGCCCAAGGUCGUGCAGGAAUGCGUCAAGCGAGACAUGCUGCUGCUCAGCACCUCCGUCUUCGACGUAAUACGCUUCAUCCCCACGUUGACCGUCACGGAGCAAGAGCUCGAUCAGGCAUGCAGCAUCUUCAAGGAGGCACUCGAGGCAGUUGCCGAGAGCUUGUGAUCGCCGAGCGGGGCGCUGUAGAAGGCGGAGCGAGCUUCACAAAAAAAACAACACACCUGGUUUUCUUUUCUUGUUUUGUCCUCUCUUUUUUUCGGGGGGGUUUCUCUACACAGGCGCUCACUUGAUGGGAUCUGAAGCAGAAUCUCAUGGGGAACCAGGCUUUCUGCAUCCGAGCGGACAGACUAACACUUCGGUCCGCAUUUUGUCUGUAUAAUUACGGCUAGGCGGGGCGCAGCCCUCACCCAAUUGUACAGGUAAUGUAUAUGCAGCGAGAAAGAAAUCGGUCAAAGAAUGGAUGCAGUGCGGAAGAUCAAAUCGCGCCGCUUCAAUUAAUCACUCCCUGGGACGAGCGCACAGGGCGACAUGUAUGCAAGACGAAACAUCGCAAGCGAGAUCUAGCGAAUUCUAAAAACCUAGCGUCCAUCUUAUCUGUUUCCUGUGCUGAACACCCACGAGCCAAUGGAGAGGCGUCGCUUGCACAUUUUGUCUAUACGUAUCGCGCACGAAUCUCAACCUUUCUCCGUUCUACAUUUUUCCCCAACAAACCUUUUUUGGGAUACGCCCUGCUGUUUGCGGAGGGCAUGGAUCUCUCCGUUUCAAUGGGAUCGCCAGCACGUUAAAGCGAAACAAAAGUUGCUACGACUGCAGCCUCGACCGGUGGUGUGUCUUACCCCACUUUCGCCUUGAAUGCUCUCUAUCUUUUUGAGCCGCAUAACCAAUGUUAAUCAGUACAGGCUCGGCACGAAGGCCGGCCUUUUUCGUGAGCAGCCUGGUAUGCAGCUCAAAAGUAUUUACGUCUGACAAUGUUUUCGGGGUCAACAGGAUGCCCACCGAAGAUUUGAGAAACCUUCCG